CCUGGAGGCUCUGUCGGUGCUAUGCAACACUCGGGUGACCUCCCGCCAGGCUCGGCUGUCGGGUCACGGCCCACGCGUGGCCUCCGCCUCGCUUAUGUCCGUGCAGGGUUUCGUGUCGGCGGCCAUGGGUCGCAGUGCAGAAAGGUGACGACGACGACGCUGUGCGUGUGUAGCGGCGAGGGCCUGGUGAUCGACGAGGACGAGUUCUUCGACAGCCGGUACGACUUUGACUUCAGCGACCUGAAGGACACGGGCACCUUCUACCGAGGAGGCGAAGUCUACCGCAGGCCCUGCGGCUGGCUGCGCUUUGCUCUCAAGGUCUGCACCUGCCACAGACAGACUGACAGACAGACAGACAGACAGACAUUGGCAAAAAGGAUGACGCUUCAGGUCUGGGACAAAUAUCCAGACGGUAACGCUUGGCUGGGCGAGCGCGGCUACAGAACCACCACCACCUACUCCGUACCCGGAGAGUGGCCCGUGUCCUACCACGGCACCUCCAAGAACGGAGCCAGGGCCAUCAUCGUCACCAAUUAUCAGCCCGGUCCGGGUCAAAAGUACGGUCGCGGUGUGUAUUCGACGCCCUACCUGGAGCACGCGGUGGAGUACACCCGGACGUUCCAGUCGAGCGUGACGGGCAAGAAUUACCGCGUGGUCAUGCAGAACCGCGUCAACCCGGCCUACCGCGAGAGGCACAACGGCGGCGUGUACUGGCUGCUGCCCGUUCCCGACGGCCUGACGCAGGAGCAGGAGCAGGAUCUGGUGGAGAAAGCCAUCCGGCCCUACGCCGUGCUCAUCAAGCCGCUUUGAGCGCAAACGCUACAGAACACGAUGCAAGAUGAGAAAAUCAAUCAACAACCCAAUUGAAGUUGAAUAUAAUUUACGUAACAUUUUCUUGCCUAUGUGAAUGUAACUUGUAACUCCUUGUCCACCCUGUCCAAAACUGCUGCACUUAUUUACUACUGUUAAAAGAUGUUUAAUGUCUUGGUCUAUGGUCACAGAUGCUGCAUUCAAUAAGUGAUUUGUAAAUGAAUGUAUUUACUGCAAAGAAUGUGGCACCUUUGUCUAUUUUGGAAAGGGUAUUUCGCAAUUUAA